AUGUAUUCGUCUCCCGGCUUUUCUGACGAAGAUGAGCGCCGUGCAACCCCCCCCGACACCGAUGAUGACAGCGAUCAGUUUGGUGCGGAGACGUUUGACGAGAGACCGUCUUCAUAUCCCAAGACUUCAUAUGGAAAAAGGAGGUCAGGUCCUUCCUGGUCCGAGGAAACUGCUCGCAGCGCAACUAAAGCAGGUAAGGGCUUGGCAGUUGGAAUUGGAGCGAUAACUGCCGGAGCGGUAUACACAGCCAUGUUCCCUGUCAAAGUGGUAUCGUCGGGCUUCAUAAGGGUGUCGGAGAACGUCCUUGCGUGGGCAACUUCGAUCAAUUUCGAAGACGAACCAACGACAAACCAAGAGGCCGCGAAGCAGACAGCCCAAAUUAUGCAGGAUAGAGAAAGGGAAGGGUUUGAUGAAGGAUAUAUACAUGUGGCCGUCUGUGGACCGGCGGGCAGUGGCAAGUCGUCCAUCAUCAACGCCCUCAGAGGUUUGAAAAACAAGGACGCCACAGCAGCUGCAACUGGAACCGUCGAAACGACCCAGCGCCAACAGAAAUACGAAGCUCAUCACGGCAUUGGCUGUAUCAUGCUUUAUGACUGUCCUGGGGCCGGGACGCUUCGCAAUCCAGCUGAAGACUAUGGCAGUAGCCAAAAGUUGCAUAUAUUCAACGUUGUGCUCAUCGUUCUUGGCGAACGGUUCGGUGAGAUCGAGUUGGAUAUCAUACGGUCUUGUGUUGCUCGUCAACAGCCUUUCUUCGUUAUACAAUCCCGAGCAGACGAAAGGACGAGACGCAUUGAAAGGGAUGAGGAAAUUGAGUUGUGCGAGGCUAAGAGGAUCAAUAUCAAGAAAGCUCAAAAAGCUUUCAAGAGCGAGUUACGACGUGGUAGGUUUCCCGAAGAGCAAAUCAGGAAGACGACGAGAUACUACAUGCUGGUAAACAACACCGAUUUACGAAAAUUUAUCGAAUGUCAGGGCCAAUGGCCAGAACAGGAGGGCCCGUUGGAGAUUCACGAGAAGCAGCUCAUCGAAGUACUCAGGAGGCUAGCAGAAGGGAGGACGCUGUGA